CAGAGACUUAUGCCUUGCCUACAGUAGAUAGGGUUUGCCUGUAUAACUUUUACCAAUUUCCUAAGUAAAAUAAGGACUUUUUUUGCCACUGAAUCUACUCUAGGGCUUUUGCUGACAUAGCUAUUUUGGUUAAAGCUGUGCUUUUUUUUAUGCUUCUAACCAACGUAUUCUGGCAGAAUCCUUAAAUGUAAACCAGGUUUAAGUGGUUUGACCAUGGUCAUGCAAUAGGAUUGUAGCACAGCAGGAAACUGAACUUAGCUUUUCUAAGUCCCAGGUUAGCACCGUAGUGACUGGAUCAUCCUUCUUGUCUGAAUAAAAAUAAAGCUGAUUAUGUAUUUUAUUAGAGUUAGUAGUAAUAUACUGUAAUGCAAAGCUGAAAAAACUCUCAAUACCCAUAUAAAAUCCUGAUGCAGCAUUAAGUGAAACCUCACCCCUAGCACCUGUGUUAGCUUUAGGGAUCCAGUCAUUCAGUCAUUGCAGGAAUAGGGCUUGCAUGCAUAAAUAUUUGCAAGAUCAGGUCCUAAAAUUAAACUGUUUAAAUACUGUUAAAGCCCAUAUCCUAUAAAUGAGAUCAGGAGUGUGUGAAAAUCAUUUGCAGACUCCUAAUAUCUUGGGACCCAGAUAUCUAAUAUUUUGGUUCUUAAUGAUUAAUUAAUACAUUUACACAUGUAUGGAGAAGGUACAUUCUCUAUGGCAGUUUAAUCAUUAGUGGUUUGUGCACUUCUCUACUAUAUACUCCAGUCUGAGUGCAUUGAAACUUAUUUGUCUGAACAGAGUUGAAUAUGUUGUGAAAUCAACUGAAUUACAUAAAAUAACAGUAUUCUGUAUGUAGGACACAGAGGUGGAAGUAUAUCCCCCAGAGUCCCAACAACAGUGACAUGAGAAGAGCACAGAAGGCUGUACACAGGUUGUUCUCUCUCUAGAUGAGGCUUCUUUAAGAAUCUUUAGGUAUAAAGGGGCUUUGCAGGCAUGGGAUCCAAUGAAGUAGCUGCAAACUUGGGGGUGGAAGAAGCUGCUGAAGCCCAAUAAUUUGCACGGAGCUGGCACAUUCUCUAUAUACACUUGUUUAGCAAACAAAGUCACAGCUGGUGUUGGCAGAACAACUUGGACCCCUCCUCUGUGCAUGUCUGAUUCCGGUCCCCCCGGCGUUCCUCGUUGCCUCUCCCCUCACCGCCCCCGCCGGCUGAGAUAACAAGCACGACGCGACCCCCUGCUGACUGAAGGGGGCGGGGCCGCUCGCUCUCUCCUCUCGGGCCGCCGCUGAGGGAACGGCCCUGCACUUGUCGCCAUGGCAACCGCGUUGUUGACCCUGACGGGUAGCGCAGCCUUCGGAGGAGCAACGCGCUGCCGCCGCAGCCACCGCCCAGGCCCGCUCUGGUCCCGUUUGCCUCUGUCGGGACAACGAGCCCCCUGCCCCUUCUGGGUCCCGGGCAGCGGAGCGAGAUGCCAUACCACAGCAAGCAUGCAGCCUGCUCAGCUCACUGCUGCUGUUGUGAGCAUUGUAAACACCUCUUGCAUUAUCCUGGAGUAUGUGCAAAAUCGGGUUAAGAGACACCAGCCCAAGGACGAUUGUGUUGAGGACAUGGACACAGGCGUUCCUGAAAGCACAGGCUGUGGCAAUUGGGACAUCGUGGCGGCAGUGGGGCUAGUUGAUACAGUGGAACACCAAUUCUGGCUCCAGCAAACAAGCACAGACUGGUGGGACCGCAUAGUGUUGCAAGUAUGGGAUGAUUCCUAGUGGCUGCGAAACUUUCAUAUGCGUAAGGCCACUUUCAUGGAACUUUGUGAGUUGCUUUCCCCCGCCUGCAGCACAGGAAUACCAAGAUGAGAUCUGCCCUGAUAGUUGAGUAGCGAGUGGCAAUAACCCUGUGGAAGCUUGCAACGCCUGACUGCUACUGGUCAGUCGGGAAUCAAUUUGGAGUGGGCAAGUCUACUGUGGGGACUGCUGUGAUCCAAGUAGCCAGUGCAGUCACUGACGUUCUGCUGUCAAGGGUAGUGACUCUGGGAAAUGUGCAGACAUAGUGGAUGGCUUUGCUGCAAUGGGGUUCCCUAACUGUGGUGGGGCGAUAGACGGAACGCAUAUCCCUAUCUUGGCACUGGACCACCUUGCCAACCAGUACGUAAACUGCAAGGGGUACUUCUCAAUGAUGCUGCAAGCACUGGUUGAUCACAAGGGACAUUUCACCGACCUCAACGUGGGAUGGCUGGGAAAGGUGCAUGAUGCUUGCAUCUUUAGGAACUUCGGGCUGUUCGAGCAGUUGCAAGAAGGGACUUACUUCCCAGACCAGAAAAUUACUGUUGGGGAUGUUGAAGUGCCAAUAGUUUCCUUGGGGACCCAGCCUACCCCUUGCUCCCAUGGCUCAUGAAGCUGUACACAGGCAACCUGGACAGUAGUAAGGAGCAGUUAAACUGUAGGCUGAGCAAGUGCAGAAUGGUGGUAGAAUGUGCCUUUGGACGUUUAAAAGCUCACUGGCGCUGUUGCUGACUAGGUUAGACCUCAGCGCAACCAACAUUCCUAUUGUAAUUGCUGCUUGCUGUGUGCUCCAUAAUAUCUGUGAGACUAAGGGGGAGAUGUUUAUGGCGGGGUGGGAGGUUGAGGCAAAUCGCCUGGCGGCCGAUUUUGAGCAGCCAGACACCAGGGCGAUUAGAAGAGCACAGCUAGGCACACUGCGCAUCAGAGAGGCUUUGAAAACCAGUUUCAUGACUGGCCAGGCUAUGGUGUGACAGUUGUAUGUGUUUCUCCUUGCUGCAAACCCGCCCCCUUUGUUGAUUUUAAUUCUCUGUAAGCCAACCGCCCUCCACACUUCGAUCACAGCUGGCAAAGGAAAUAAUGUAACUAUUGUUUUGAAACCAUGCAUUAUUUCUUUAUUAAUUAAAAAAAAAGUGAGAUCACUGACAAGGUAGCCCAGGUGGGGUGGGGUGCGGGAGGAGGGAAGGACAAGACCACAUUGCUACCAAUCAAAACUUUUUGAAUGACAGCCUUCUGUUGCUUAGGCCAUACUCUGGAGUGGAAUGGCUGGGUGCCCGGAGCCUCCCUCCCCGCGUUCUUGGGCAUCUGGGUGAGGAGGCUAUGGAACUUGGGGAGGAGGGCAGACAGUUAUACAAUGGAUGCAGCAGGGGUCUGUGGUCUUGUUGGCUUUCCUGCAGCUCCAACAGAUGCUUCAUCAUGUCCAUUUGUUCCCCCAUUAGCCUCAGCAUUUCCUCCUGCCUCUGCUCUUCACGCUCACUUAAUGCUUUCCUGGCCUCUGCCACUGAAUGCCUCCAUGCAUUAAGCUGUGCCCUAUCAGUACGGGAGGACUGCGUGAGCUCAGAAAACAUGUCAUUGCGAGUGCAUUUUUUUCAUCUUCUGAUCUGCAAUAACCUCAGGGAUCAAGAUGAUAGGGGGAGCAUAGAAACGUUUGCACCUGGGGGGAGAUAAAAAGGGACAGUACAAUUUAAGAUGAUAUAUUUCUGAGAACAAAAGGGAGACUCUUUCACAGUGAAUCAAGCAAAUUCACAGCAGACAGCACAUGUGCUUUAGGUACAACGUCACAUUUUGCCUUUUAUAUUGAGCGCCUGCCGGUAUGGUGACACAUCACAAACGGCUGGGCAACAGAAUUCGGUUUCCAGGCAGCCAUGGUAAGCCUUUUGGUACGUGGGGUUGGCUUCUUAUGCCUUCAUAACAUGUGGGAAUGGUUUCAAACUGCAGCGCCAUCCUUUCCCAUAGCAAGCAAGGCCAGUUGGGUUUGCCGUUUAAAAGGAGGGGCUGCGGUUUUUGGGUGGAUGUACAGCGCACACCUCUCCCCACCCCACCACGUGGCUAUUCUCUGGGAUGAUCCCUUCACCCCUCCCCCCGUCGCGUGAGAGCAGGCCCUGACCUUUGUCCUGACCCCCCCGCCCAGGGCAGAUGGAGGGUCCGCAGCUCCUCACAGCUGCCUGGCCAUGCAGCUCGUACCAUGGUUGGGCUGCAGCUCUGAGAUCCCGUCACCUGGCUGGAGCUGGGUAGGAGAGAGCCACACGAGUAGCUGUGGGGAGCCACAAACCCUUCACCUGCCCUGGGCGGUGGGCCUAUGGGGCGGGGAUAUGGGCUGGGAGCUGCUCUCGGCCCCCCAUCCUGGGCAGGUGAAGGGUCCAUGGCUUAUGGCCCACUCCAGCUUAUAGCUUAGCUGCGGGCAGGGCCUGAGGCAGAAGGGGCGGGGCCUCUGGCAGAAGGGGAGAGGUGAGGGCCUUGGCCCCCCCACUUUUGGGAAGGCUGUGCCAUCUCUGUGUUGGCUCCUUUUAGUAGAGACUCUUUUUGUCUUACUGAAAACCAUCUGCAGUCAUCCCUGUUGGUCAGAGGCCUCUUUUUAGAAACUUCCCAUUAUCUCAUUAAUUAUUUUUUGAAUUAUUUUAUUUCUUCUGGCCUUAUCACUUACUAUUAUUCCUUUCACUUGCUAGUCAGGGCCUUUCUUUACAACACAUAUAUGUUUCCUUAACCAAAAUUAAGCUAACUUUAAUUGUUUAAUUUUAUAUUUAUCCGCUACAUAGCCAGAACCUUUUCAUAGUCAUCUUUGUGACCGUCUUCAAUAAAGUCAAAGGAUUUAAAGAUCUACUGUGCCUGCUUCCCCACAGUGUAAAUUAAAGAUGAUACCUGAAUAUCUUCAGUUUCUUUAUGGAUUUUUGUAGGAAAUUGAAAUCUUGCAAAACACUGCUUCCAGUCUGCCAAUUGUGAAGAUGUCGUUGUCAAAUAAAUUGACACCACCCACUGAUAAAGAGACUUUGAACAAUCGCUUGCCACCUAUAGUUUUACCUACGUCAUCGACAGCUGGUGUCUCAGCAUCACACAAUAAACUAUUGAAAUACCGAAGAUUCAAGGAACAGCAAAAGACGCUUAAUCAGAUAGUAAUUGACCGGGCUUUAAAAGAUUAUAAAGCAACCAUGGAAGAAAAGUAUCAGAGAGUUCCCACACUUCCUGAGCCAGAACUACCUUCUACUAUGAACAGUGAACAAAAAAAAAGAAGAACCAACUAUCUCUUUAUGAAGAAGUGUGUGGAAAGUAAUCCAGUAGUCCCUAUUCAGCAGCAGUGGCUGACCUCCAUGCUCACUCUGGUGCCUCAGUCCCUCAUGGAAGGCAAGGACAGAGAAUUCCUGGUUGAAGAGCUUUUAGAUGAAGUAACAAAGGAUUUUGAAAUGAGCAUGAAGAGAUGUGUGGUGCGAAGUGUUCUUGUGAAACCUGAUGUAAAAGGACUUGAAGAUGAAAAGGAAGGACCGUUACCAAUAUCGCCUUUAGGUCUGGAUUUUUCCAGACCAUGGCAUAACAGUUUUAUACAAGCAAGAAGUCAGAUCCUCACAAACUUGCACAUUCUUCAUCCUACUCUGAAAAUUUUACUGGAUAUUGGUUACACAACAUUUUCCAAAUUACUAAUAGUGGACUUGUCAAAUGUCAGUUUGAAAGGUCCAAUUGAUUGUGAAUCACUGAAGAAUGAUGUUUCUUUAAACUGUUCAAAAACGGAAGAGAAAUUACUGAACACAUGGUAUCCAAGAGUUGUCAAUCUCUUCACCAGAAAGGAAGCAUUAGAGGGUGUAAAGUCAGAUAAAGUUGAUUCUUUCUAUAACUGUGUGGCUACACUUAUGUCUAACCAGUUGAAAGAGCUAUUGAGAAGAACCGUUGAAGCUUAUGUGAAGCUCUUUGAUCCUGAAGACAAAAGAUGGCUGCCAUUGUUUAAGAUGGAAUUGACUUUUGAUGAUGAGAAAAUGGAGUUCUAUCCAAACUUUCAAGAUCUGGAAGAAGCCAUUCUGUUUAUAGUGACCCGGAUAGGGCAGACUCUGCAGAAUGUUCAAACAGUACAUUCUUGGCUAGCUGGAGGGCCCACCGCUGUAACCCUUGACACUGAACUUGCUGACCAUGUCAUAGCUUGGGCCUCAUCUACACUGAAGAGAGCAAUCCAGGCCAAUUUGGAAGGUCCAAAAGAACAUUUUGAAAGAUAUGUUGAAAGGUAUGGUUGGCUUGUAGAUGGUACAGCAGACACACGAAUAGAGAGCUUUGAAGCAGAAGAACACAAUUUUGAUGAAUAUACUGCUUUCAUAGAUGAGUUUCUCAGCCUUGCUAAGGAAAUCAUGAGUUUGCCACUACUAGCUCAUUUCCCUAUGGUACGUUUGGACUGUGAUGAUUUGAAACAGGGUUUGACUGAUAAAGCAAAAAGCUUUGCAAAUAUACUAAUGGAGAGAAUAGUUGCUAAUCACAGAGAGGAAAAUGAAAAAAUAUGCAAGGAAUUUGAAACAAUUAAAGAGCGUGCAUUAAAAGUUCCUGAGACCACAGAAGAAAUGAUGGAAAUGAUAGCUUAUGUAGAAAAGGCAAAAACCACAGGUAUUCAGGCACUGCUCAUAAAAAUCCAGGAAUGUGAAAGGCGAAUGAAUUACCUUUUAGAUGUUUUUAUAUUUGCUCCUGAAGAUCUGGCACUGAAUGCAACAGUCCUACUGUGGCCUCAGAAGAUUAAUCCCAUCUUUGAUGAACAUGAUGAUGUGAUUGAACAAUCUAAACGUAAAGGUGAAAGUGAACUACUGGCCAAACGUGAGAAGCUUAUUUUGGAACUAGAAAGGCAGACUCGCUGUAUGGAAGAGUUUACAGAAUUCUCAGAACUGGAUCGCAUGCAACAGUAUGUGACUGACAUGAGAGCAUUGCAGAAACGCAUACAGGAAGCUGAGGAAACAGUAGCUUUUAUUAAUAAAGAAGAAACUCUCUUCAAGUGGGAGUUGACUGAGUAUCCUGUUCUCGAGAGUUUAAAAGUUAAUAUCGAGCCCUAUCAGAAACUUUUUGUUCUUAUACUGAAAUGGCAACGAACAGAAAAACGAUGGAUGGAUGGUGCUUUCCUGGACCUGAAUGGGGAAAGCAUGGAGACUGAGGUAGAUGAUUUUUUUCGAGAGAUAUACAAGAUGUUGAAGCUUUUUCAACAAAAGCAGAAGAAAGCAGAGCUAGAAAAGAAGAAGACACUGCAUCGCAGAGCCAUAGUAGAAGAGAAGCUGGAAGAAGAAAAGAAGGAAAAUCGAACUAUUAUAAUGUGUUCAUCAAUAAUGGGACAGAUCAAAGACUUUAAGGAGAAUAUCCCCACAGUGACUAUCCUUUGUAACCCAGGCAUAAGGACUCGCCACUGGCAACAGAUGUCAGAUAUAAUAGGAUAUGAUUUAACUCCAGACUCUGGAACUACCCUAAGAAAAGUUUUAAAGCAGAACCUAGCCCCUUACCUGGAGCAAUUUGAAACCAUAAGUGUAGGCGCAAGUAAGGAGUUUUCUUUAGAGAAAGCUAUGCACGCUAUGAUGGAAAUAUGGGAGUCUGUUUCCUUCCAUACAAGCAUUUAUCGUGAGACUGGAGUUAGUAUUCUGUCAGCAGUGGAUGAGAUUCAGACUAUUCUAGAUGAUCAGAUUGUAAAAACUCAAACAAUGAGAGGAUCGCCUUUCAUUAAACCUUUUGAAAAAGAAAUCAAGGAAUGGGAAGACCAUCUUAUUCGCAUUCAGGAGACUAUUGAUGAAUGGUUGAAAGUGCAAGCUCAGUGGCUUUACUUGGAGCCCAUCUUUUCUUCUGAGGACAUCAUGCAACAGAUGCCAGAAGAGGGACGUCUCUUUCAGACUGUGGACAGAUACUGGAGGGACAUUAUGAAGUAUUGUGUCAAAGACCCUAAGGUUCUUGCUGCCACUUCAUUGACAGGUUUAUUGGAGAAACUUCAGGGAUGUAACGAGCUUCUCGACAAAAUCAUGAAAGGGCUUAAUGCUUAUCUUGAAAAGAAGCGCCUGUUCUUUCCUCGUUUUUUCUUCUUGUCUAAUGAUGAAAUGUUGGAGAUCCUAUCAGAGACAAAAGAUCCUCUCAGAGUUCAGCCUCACUUGAAAAAGUGUUUUGAGGGCAUUGCUAAGCUGCAUUUCCUUCCUAACCUGGAUAUUCAGGCAAUGUAUAGCACUGAAGGUGAGCGAGUGGAACUGAUUUCAACCAUUUCUACUUCUGAAGCUCGAGGUGCUGUGGAGAAGUGGCUGAUCCAAGUGGAAGAUAUUAUGCUGAGGAGUAUACAUGAUGUUAUUGCUGAAUCAAGAUUGGCAUAUCCUGAGACGGAAAGAAAGCAGUGGGUUCUCGAGUGGCCUGGACAGGUAGUGCUGUGUGUGUCUCAAAUGUUCUGGACAAGUGAGGUACAUGAAGCCAUUUGCAAUGGGCCGGAGGGUUUACAGGAUUACUACAGUACUCUUCAGCUUCAGCUUAAUGAUAUUGUAGAGUUGGUGAGAGGAAAAUUAUCUAAGCAGACACGAACAACACUGGGUGCUUUGGUUACUAUUGAUGUGCACGCUAGAGAUGUUGUCAUGGAGAUGAUUGAAAGCGGUGUGAAAAAUGAGACAGACUUUCAGUGGCUCGCUCAACUGCGAUAUUAUUGGGAACACGAGAAUGCUCGUGUCCGCAUCAUUAACUGCAAUGUAAAAUAUGCCUAUGAAUACCUUGGCAACUCCCCUCGACUUGUCAUUACUCCCCUUACGGAUAGAUGUUACCGCACCUUGAUUGGAGCCUUUUAUCUAAACCUUGGUGGUGCUCCCGAGGGCCCAGCAGGGACAGGUAAAACAGAGACUACUAAAGACUUGGCUAAGGCUCUUGCUGUACAGUGUGUUGUCUUCAACUGUUCUGAUGGCCUUGAUUAUCUGGCAAUGGGGAAGUUUUUUAAGGGUUUGGCUUCUUCAGGUGCUUGGGCCUGUUUUGAUGAAUUUAAUCGAAUUGAGCUGGAAGUACUGUCUGUGGUGGCUCAGCAGAUCCUUUGCAUUCAGCGAGCCAUACAGCUGAAGAUGGAAACGUUUAUUUUUGAAGGGACUGAACUGAAGCUCAAUCCCAACUGUUUUGUAGCUAUUACCAUGAAUCCAGGUUAUGCAGGACGUUCUGAACUGCCAGACAACCUUAAGGUUCUUUUCCGAACAGUAGCUAUGAUGGUUCCUAACUAUGCUCUGAUAGCAGAAAUCUCUCUCUACUCAUACGGAUUUCUGAAUGCCAAGCCAUUAUCAGUGAAGAUAGUAAUGACCUACAGACUUUGUUCAGAGCAACUUUCCUCUCAGUUCCAUUAUGACUACGGUAUGCGUGCUGUUAAAGCUGUACUAGUGGCUGCUGGCAACCUAAAACUGAAAUUCCCACAGGAGAAUGAAGAUAUAUUGCUUCUUAGAUCAAUUAAGGAUGUUAAUGAGCCUAAAUUUUUGUCACAUGAUAUACCUCUGUUCAUGGGUAUAACUAGUGAUUUGUUUCCUGGUGUUAAGCUUCCUGAAGCAGAUUACAAUGAUUUUCUGGAAUGUGCCAACGAAUGCUGUGUUAUAAAUAAUAUCCAGCCUGUUAAAGUUUUCAUUGAAAAAAUGAUACAGACCUAUGAAAUGAUGAUUGUUAGACAUGGCUUUAUGCUUGUUGGAGAGCCUUUUUCUGGGAAGACCAAAGUUCUACAGGUGUUGGCAGAUGCACUAACCCUUAUGAAUGAACGUGGAUAUGGUGAAGAAGAAAAAGUAAUUUUUAGAACUGUGAAUCCAAAAUCCAUUACCAUGGGUCAACUUUUUGGACAAUUCGAUAUGGUAUCUCAUGAGUGGACAGAUGGUAUUGUUGCCAAUACUUUCCGAGAAUUUGCUUUAGCUGAGACAUCUGAACGCAAAUGGGUUGUUUUUGAUGGUCCUAUUGAUACUCUGUGGAUAGAAAGUAUGAACACAGUGCUGGAUGACAACAAAAAGCUUUGUUUGAUGAGUGGGGAAAUCAUCCAAAUGUCUGCUCAGAUGAGUCUGAUCUUUGAAACAAUGGACCUUUCCCAGGCUUCACCGGCUACAGUCAGUCGUUGUGGAAUGAUUUAUUUGGAGCCAUCACAGCUAGGCUGGAUGCCGCUUGUAACCUCUUGGUUGAACAGCUUACCUGAACCCCUGAGACAAAAGGAACAGCAAGAUCUACUGCAAGAACUUUUGAACUGGUUAAUACCACCAGCCUUAAGAUUUCGUAAACAACAGUGCAAGGAGCUGGUUCCCACAAGCAACAGCAAUGCUGUAGUGUCUCUCACUCGACUUUUUGAAAUGUUACUUUGUCAAACUGUUCAACAGGAUCCUACCAACAAAAACAUCCGCACAUGGAUUAUGGCUUGCUUUGCUUUCUCCAUGGUUUGGUCCAUUGGUGGAACUUGUGACAGUGACAGCCAAGUCCUUUUUGAUAUCUUUAUGAGGGAUAUUCUAGCAGGAAGGUCUGAGGCUCAUCCAGUGCCAACAGCUGUGGGUAAAUGGGACUGUCCCUUUGAUGAGAAAGGCUUGGUCUAUGACUAUAUGUAUGAGUUGAAAGGCAAAGGACGCUGGGUGCAUUGGAAUGAAGUCAUUAAAAGCAUUAAAUAUAGUGAUGAUAAAAAUGUUAAGAUUCAAGACCUCAUAGUCCCAACAAUGGAUACAGUCAGAUAUACCUAUUUGAUGGAUUUAUGCGUUACCCAUGGAAAACCAUUGCUUUUUGUGGGACCAACAGGUACUGGGAAGUCUGUAUAUGUGAAGGAUAAGUUAAUGAACAACUUGGAAAAGGAAAGAUACUUUCCAUUCUUCAUUAAUUUUUCAGCACGGACCAGUGCCAAUCAGAUCCAGAACAUUAUUAUGGCGAGACUGGACAAAAGACGCAAAGGAGUAUUUGGCCCUCCUAUGGGAAAAAAGUGUGUCAUCUUUGUAGAUGAUAUGAAUAUGCCUGCAUUGGAGAAAUAUGGAGCUCAGCCGCCUAUUGAACUUUUAAGACAGUUUUUUGACCAUGGAAUUUGGUACGACUUAAAGGACACAAAUAAAAUUACACUGGUUGACAUACAACUGAUAGCUGCUAUGGGACCUCCAGGAGGUGGGAGGAAUCCUGUUACGUCUCGUUUUCUGCGACACUUCAACAUUUGCACCAUUAACUCCUUUAGUGAUGAAACUAUGGUCCGUAUCUUCUCUACCAUAGUAGCUUUCUACCUUAGGAAUAACGAAUUUGCUCCUGAAUUCUUCACAAUUGGAAACCAAAUUGUCAGUGGCACAAUGGAGGUAUAUAAGAAAGCCAUGAAAAACCUGCUCCCAACACCAGCCAAAUCACAUUACACAUUCAACCUGCGUGACUUUUCACGUGUUGUCCAAGGCUGCUUACUCAUUAAAAAAGAAUCAGUUGAAACCAAGCAUACAAUGAUUCGUCUGUUUGUGCAUGAAGUAUUUCGAGUAUUUUAUGACCGACUUGUGGAUGACUCUGAUAGAGCCUGGUUGUUCAAAAUAAUGAGAGACAUAGUGAAAGACCAUUUCAAAGAAGCGUUUGACAUUGUUUUUGCACAUCUAAGGCAAGGGAACGCACCUGUUACUGAAGAAGACAUGAGAAGUCUGGUAUUUGGUGAUUACAUGAACCCUGACCUUGAAGGAGAUGAAAGACUUUAUGUUGAAAUUCCAAGUGUUCAACAGUUCAGUGAUGUUGUAGAGCAGUGUUUGGAAGAAUAUAACCAAACUCACAAGACAAGAAUGAACCUUGUAAUUUUCAGGUACGUGUUGGAACAUUUGUCUCGGAUAAGUCGUAUUCUAAAGCAGUCAGGUGGCAAUGUCUUACUGGUUGGAAUGGGAGGGAGUGGACGUCAGUCUUUGACCCGUUUGGCUACAGCCAUGGCAAAAAUGUAUAUUUUUCAGCCAGAGAUCUCUAAGAGCUAUGGUAUGAAUGAAUGGAGAGAAGAUCUGAAGAACCUUCUGAAGAGUGCAGGCAUGAAGGGCUUGAAAACUGUGUUUAUAAUCACAGACACACAGAUUAAAGAAGAAGCUUUCUUGGAAGAUAUUGACAGUGUUCUCAAUACUGGAGAAGUACCUAAUCUUUUUGCAGCAGAUGAAAAACAAGACAUUAUGGAGGGAGUUCGUGCAGUAGCUCAAGCUGGCAGUAAACAUGAUGAACUCAGUCCCCUGGCCUUGUUUGCCUACUUCGUGAACCGCUGCAAAGAAAAUCUCCACGUUGUGGUAGCAUUCAGCCCAAUCGGAGAUGCUUUCCGCAAUCGUCUGAGACAAUUCCCGUCUCUCAUCAAUUGUUGUACUAUUGACUGGUUCCAGCCAUGGCCUGAAGAUGCCCUUGAACGUGUGGCUAAUAAAUUCUUAGAAACACUUCAGCUCACAGACAAUGAACGUCAAGAAGUGGUGCCCAUCUGUAAACACUUCCAUACUUCUGUUUUGUCACUCUCUGAAAAAUUCUUGGAAACCCUGAGACGACAUAACUAUGUCACUCCUACUUCUUAUCUUGAACUCAUUGCUGCCUUCCAGCAACUUUUAACUCAAAAACGGGAUACUGUGAUGAAAGCCAAAAAGGGUUAUACUAAUGGACUAGAUAAACUAGCUUUUGCUGAAUCUCAGGUUGGUGAAAUGAAGCAAGAACUAGUUGAUCUGCAACCCAAACUGGAGGAGGCUAAAGUGGAUAAUGCAAAUAUGAUGAAGAUUAUAGAGAAGGAAUCGGCAGAAGUGGAAGCAAAAAGUAAAACUGUGAAAAUAGAUGAAGAGAUUGCUACAGAAAAAGCAGCGGAAGCCCAGGAACUGAAGAAUGAGUGUGAGAGUGACCUGGCAGAGGCAAUUCCAGCGCUAGAGGCUGCACUUUCUGCCCUUGACACCCUUAAGCCAUCUGAUAUAACAAUUGUGAAAUCAAUGAAGAAUCCUCCAUCUGGUGUCAAACUAGUUAUGGCUGCCGUCUGUGUUAUGAAAGAUAUAAAACCUGAAAGAAUUACAGAUCCUGCCGGGACUGGAGGCAAGGUCUUGGAUUACUGGGGGCCUAGCAAGAAAGUUCUGGGUGACAUGAAUUUCUUAAAGGAUCUUAGAGAGUAUGACAAGGAUAACAUUCCAGUGACUGUCAUGCAGAAGAUUCGUUCUGAAUAUCUGACUAAUCCUGAGUUUGAUCCGCCUAAGGUGGCUAAAGCAUCCUCCGCAGCUGAGGGUUUGUGUAAAUGGAUUAUGGCUAUGGAAGUGUAUGACAGAGUUGCUAAGGUGGUUGCUCCCAAAAAAGCCCGUCUAGCGGAGGCCCAGCAGUCCUUAGCAGAAACUAUGGCAUUACUGAAUCAGAAGAGAGCUGAACUUGCAGCAGUGGAGAAUCAUUUGGCAAAAUUGCAACAAACCUUUGUUGAGAAAACUGAAGAAAAGGCUCGUCUAGAAUUCCAGGUGGAUCUGUGUGCUAAGAAACUAGAAAGAGCAGAGAAGCUGAUUGGAGGACUGGGUGGAGAAAAAUCAAGAUGGUGUAAUGCUGCAAAUGAUCUUCAAAAUACAUAUGAUAAUUUGACAGGAGAUGUUCUGAUAUCAGCUGGAGUGAUAGCUUAUUUGGGUGCUUUCACUAGUGCCUUUCGACAAGAGUGUACUAAAGACUGGAGCAAGUUGUGCAAGGACAAAAAUAUUCCUUGUUCUGACAACUUCUCUUUGAGUAAGACCCUUGGUGACCCAAUAAAAAUCAGAGCCUGGAAUAUUGCUGGAUUACCAACAGACAACUUUUCGGUUGACAAUGGUGUGAUUGUUGAUAACUCCAGGCGCUGGCCAUUAAUGAUUGAUCCCCAGGGUCAAGCCAAUAAAUGGAUAAAGAACUCAGAGAAAGAAAACCAAUUGAGUGUUAUCAAGUUCACAGAUACAGACUACAUGAGAACUUUGGAGAACUGCAUUCAGUUUGGGACUCCACUUCUGCUAGAAAAUGUUGGGGAAGAACUAGACCCAUCACUGGAACCCCUGCUGCUUAGACAAACCUUUAAACAAGGGGGCAUGGAUUGCAUCAGGCUUGGUGAGACAAUUAUUGAGUAUUCCAGUGAUUUCAAAUUUUUUAUUACAACAAAACUAAGAAAUCCACAUUAUAUGCCUGAACUGGCUACAAAAGUUUCUUUACUCAACUUUAUGAUAACACCAGAGGGACUUGAAGACCAGCUACUAGGUAUUGUUGUUGCAAAAGAGAGACCAGAAUUAGAAGAAGAGAGGAAUGCUCUCAUCCUUCAGUCUGCGGCCAAUAAAAAACAACUAAAGGAAAUUGAGAAGAAAAUUUUAGAAACAUUACAGUCUUCCGAAGGGAACAUUUUGGAAGAUGAGAGUGCUAUCAUGGUCUUGGAUUCUGCUAAAAUAAUGUCUAAUGAGAUCACCAAGAAACAACAGGUUGCUGAGAAAACAGAAAUAAAAAUAGCAGAAUCACGAGAAGGUUAUAGACCAAUUGCAAAGCAUUCAUCGGUGCUCUUCUUUAGUAUUGCAGACCUAGCUAACAUUGACCCCAUGUACCAAUACUCUCUCAGUUGGUUUGUUAAUCUCUAUAUCAACUCUAUUCAUGACAGUAACAAAUCCAAAAUUUUGGAGAAGCGUCUUCGAUACCUAAAUGACCACUUUACAUACAACCUAUAUUGCAAUAUAUGUCGCUCAUUGUUUGAGAAGGAUAAGCUGCUGUUUUCCUUUUUACUGUGCUGCAAUCUUCUCAUGGCUAGGAAAGAGAUAGAACAACAGGAAUUUAUGUUCCUAUUAACUGGAGGAGUGGGUCUCAAGAACAAACACAAGAAUCCAGAUCCAACUUGGCUACAAGAUAAAAGCUGGGAUGAACUAUGUCGUGCAAGUGAUUUCUCAGCUUUUAGAGGACUGAGGAGUCAUAUUUCUGAAAAUGCAAGUGAGUGGCGUAAAAUCUAUGACAGCAAAGAGCCACACAAUGUUCCCUUACCAAAACCAUGGGAUAAAUCGUUGAAUGAACUACAAAAGAUUAUCAUUCUUCGGUGCCUAAGAUCAGACAAGAUUAGUCCAGCAAUAGCAAUCUUUGUAACUGACAAACUGGGGAAGAAGUUUGUAGAGCCACCACCAUUUGAUCUAUCAAAAAGUUACUUAGAUUCAAAUUCAACAAUCCCACUAAUCUUUGUGCUGUCUCCAGGAGCUGAUCCCAUGUCUAGUCUCCUGAAAUUUGCAAAUGACAAACACAUGGUUGGAAAUAAGUUUCAAGCCAUCUCGUUGGGACAGGGACAAGGACCUAUAGCUGCAAAAAUGAUUAGAGAAGGAAUGGAAGAAGGCACGUGGGUUUGUUUACAGAAUUGUCAUCUUGCUGUCUCCUGGAUGCCGAUGCUAGAGAAAAUCUGUGAAGAAUUUAAUAGUGACACCUGCCAUCCAUUCUUCAGACUUUGGCUUACCAGUUAUCCGUCACCCAAGUUUCCCGUAACCAUUCUGCAGAAUGGAGUAAAGAUGACAAAUGAAUCACCUACAGGUCUCCGGUUAAAUCUACUUCAGUCUUAUCUCUCAGAUCCACUUUCUGAUUCCAUCUUCUUCUCUGGGUGCCCUGGAAAGGAGCAGACAUGGGAAAAACUGCUCUUUGGAGUUUGCUUUUUUCAUGCUCUUGUUCAGGAGAGAAAGAAGUUUGGCCCUCUUGGUUGGAAUAUCCCAUAUGGAUUUAAUGAAUCAGACUUGCGAAUCAGUAUCAGACAGCUGCAGCUAUUCAUAAAUGAAUAUGACCAUGUUCCAUUUGAAGCUAUAUCUUACCUUACGGGUGAAUGUAACUAUGGAGGACGAGUGACAGAUGAUUGGGACAGACGUUUACUAAUGACUAUGCUGGAUGAUUUUUAUAAUCCAGAUAUAAUUGAAAACCCACGCUUCGCCUUUUCUCCCAGUGGCAACUACUAUGCACCACCAAAAGGCACCUAUGAGGACUACAUUGAAUUUAUUAAGAAUCUUCCAUUUAGUCAACAGCCAGAGGUGUUUGGGUUGCAUGAAAAUGUGGAUAUUUCAAAGGAUCUCCAGCAAACAAAACUCCUCUUUGAAUCUCUGAUACUAACACAAGGAGGAAGCACGCAGGGAGUCUCCUCGGGAGGCGGUGACAGCACUCUGUAUGAAAUUGCUGAUGAUAUUCUCAUUAAGCUUCCAAAUGAUUUUGACAUUGAAGCUUCCCUACAGAAGUAUCCUGUGAGAUAUGAGGAAAGUAUGAACACUGUGUUGGUGCAAGAAAUGGAAAGGUUUAACAAUUUACUCCGAACUAUACGUAUUACCUUAAUAAAUCUGAAAAAGGCCAUUAAAGGACUGGUCGUUAUGGAUUCUGAGCUAGAGGCCCUGAGCAGCAGUCUGCUUGUUGGAAAAGUUGCCGAGAACUGGGCUAACCGUUCAUACCCAAGUCUUAAACCUUUGGGGAGCUAUAUCCUAGAUUUUCUAGCGAGGCUGAAAUUCUUGCAGGACUGGUAUGAGUUAGGAAAGCCCAGUGUUUUUUGGCUGUCAGGAUUCUAUUUUACUCAAGCUUUUUUAACUGGAGCCAUGCAGAACUAUGCCAGGAAGUACACCAUUCCCAUUGACCUGCUGGGAUACGAAUUUCAGGUCAUUCCUAAGGAUACAUCUGCUACUGCACCAGAAGAUGGUGUUUAUAUCCAUGGAUUAUUUUUAGAUGGAGCUCGCUGGGACAGGACCAAGGGACUAUUAGCUGAACAGCAUCCCAAGUUGCUCUUUGACUCGAUACCAAUCAUUUGGAUAAAACCAACUAAAAAAUCAGACAUAAAGAAAUCUAGUGCCUAUAUUUGUCCACUCUACAAGACAAGUGAGCGUAAGGGAACCUUAUCCACUACUGGACAUUCUACUAAUUUUGUCAUUGCGCUAUUGCUAGAGACUGAUAAACCAGUCCAACACUGGAUCAAGCGAGGUGUUGCUCUGCUCUGCCAGCUGGAUGACUAACCCUGAAGAACUCAGAGGCAAACCUCAUCAGACAUAUCUUUCUUUUCCUUCCUUUACUGAGGAAUUGAAGCACAUUGUAUCAGAGAAACAUCUUGAUAUAUUUAUAUUUGGAGGGGUCAGACUAAAUUUUUCCUGAUCUUGAAAUGUUGCAUUUAAUAAUUGUAUGAUGUUAUUACUAUUUUUAAAAUAUAUAAUGAUCUGGAGUGUUCAUUUUAUUAUUUUGUAAUAUAGUGUCAUGAGUAAGUA